AUGGCGUCAAAACACGUCCUCGGCGCCUUUGCCCGCGUGGCCUCGCCCGCGGCUUCUUCCUCGCGUCUUGCUGCCGUGUCGACUCGCGCCGCUUCGUCCCUCCCCAUCCCGGGCGCUGAGGCCUCGGACAUUCAGCCUACUGGUGGCAGCGUGAACCACAACAUUCACAAGCACAUUCUCGACAUGGACUUUCCCCCGCUCGAGACCAUCCGGCCCAAAAAGGACGCCGUGCACGUCGCUACUCUGCACAUGCGCUCGUACGCUUCGUCAAACCUCGACCUGUACACCCGGUUUGCCCUGCACGCCGCCGAGUCGCUCCAGAUGCCCACGUCGGGUGCUGCCGCUCUGCCCACCACCAAGGAGCUUAUUACCGUCAUCAAGUCGCCCUUUGUGAUGAAGAAGUCGCAGGAGAACUUUGAGCGCAAGACGCACCGUCGCGCGAUCAAGGUGUUUGACACCAACCGCGAGGUUGUCGACCUCUGGCUGAGGUACCUCAAGAAGAACUCGAUCGGUGGCGUGGGUCUCAAGGCCUACGUUCACGAGUAUGCCGAGUUUGGAUUCGCUGCGGGAGAGGUUGCCGAGCUCGAGGGCAACAUGGGCAACGCAGACCUCGAGAAGGUUGCUGCCGACCUUGUCAAGCACCUUACCGGCCCCGAGUUUGAGUCCCCCAAGGAGUUGGCCCAGAAGGCCAAGGCUGCCGAAGAGGACGUAUCGGCGCAGACUCCCGAAGUGCCAGCCGAGGUCAAGGCUGAGGCUGCUCCUGCUGCCCCCGCUACUGAGGCCGCCGCCGCUCCAGCAGACGCCAAGGCUGAGGCUGCUGCUGCUCCUGCCGAGCCCAAGGCAUAG